AUGGCUGCGAGUGUGAUCCUUGCUCUGGUACAGAAAUUAGGCUUCUUAGUAACAGAUGAAGUUAAUUACCUCUUAGAAGUGAAGCCAGAAGUGGAAUCACUUUGCAAAGAACUCAUGCUGAUGACUGCGUAUCUGAAGGAUGCAGAUGCAAUACACAACCAAUGCAAACGGGUGAAAGAGUGGGUAAGACAACUCAGACAGUUAGCAUUCGAAGCAGAAGACGCCAUCGAUGGUUUUGUGUACCAAGUGGUGCAGAAGCGAAAUGCCGGUGUUGUUCGAAAGAUCACCAGGUUCCCAAAACUUUUAAUUGAUGCCCAUGAGCUAAGAGGGAAAAUCGAAGGGAUUAAAGGAAAGCUCAAGAAGCUUUCAGAUCAGAAAUCACCUUUGGAGAUUCAUCAAUUUGAGGAGGGUCAAACAUCUGCUCCAGCACAUCAACUUGAAGCUUCAGGUGAGAAAAAAUUUCAGUACAUUGAUGUUGUGGGCUUGCAAAGCGAAGCAGAGGAGCUGGCGAAGUUGCUGAUGAACGAGGAGCCCCUUGGACGGUUUGGUGUUGUCUCAAUUACAGGAAUGGGGGGAUUGGGGAAAACCACCCUUGCUCAGAAAAUCUACAACAGAGGUGAUGUGAAAAGGUACUUUGAUUGUCAAGCCUUGGUUUAUAUAUCAAAAGAAUAUACAAUGAGAGAUGUUUUGUACAAUAUCAUAGAACAAGUAAUGGUGCUCACAGAAGCAGAGAAAGUGGCAUUGGCGUCAAUGGAGGCUAGAAUAUUAGAGACAAGGCUCUCUAAUUUUCUCAGAGAGAAGAAGAACUAUCUCUUCGUAUUGGACGAUGUAUGGACUAUAGAAGAUUGGGAUAAACUUAAAGGUGUCUUCCCUGUUCCAUGCAAUAGUCAGCAAUGUAGAGUGUUGCUGACAACUCGUGAUGAAGGUGUAGCCCGGUAUGCUGAUCCCAUUGCUCCUUCACACAAGCUACAACUUUUGGAUAAAGAGAAGAGUUUGGAACUUUUCUUACAGGUGGUCUUCAAAUCCCCAGUUGAUAGAGACACAGAAGCAAGUCUUAACCAGGAGAUGAAAGAUCUGGCAAAGAAAAUAGUUGCCAAAUGUGAUGGAUUGCCCCUAGCUAUUGUGGUAUUGGGAGGCCUUUUAUCGACAAAGAGACCGAUUGUUGCUGCAUGGAAGAAUGUGUUUGAUAGUGUGAACUGGUAUCUAGAGUCAAGUAAGUGUCAUAAGGCAUUAGCUUUGAGUUACUCUGAAUUACCUUGUCACUUGAAGCCCUGUUUUCUUUAUUUUGGGGCUUUCCCAGAAGAUACUGAGAUCCAGAGGGACAGAUUGAUUCGGCUAUGGGUUGCGGAGGGAUUUCUGGAACCUAGAGGGAAUUUAAGAAUAGAAGAUGUGGGCAAAGAAUGCCUUGAGGAGCUGAUGCAGAGGAACCUGAUCCAAGUUGCGAAGUGGAAAUCAAAUGGGGAACCUGAAUCAUUUAUUAUUCAUGAUCUCCUCUUGAACUUGGCAAUUUCAGAAGCUCAAGAAGGUAACUUUCUUAACAUCUCCACUCCUCAGAAGUCCUUGAAUUGUUAUCGUCGUGUUGCCCUCCAUGAUAAGUGUAGUGAAGACAAUAUGUCUGAGGCUUCUGACCAUUAUUCCUCCUCGAUGAGUUCUUCAAAGCUUCUCCGCUCAUUACUCUGCUUCACUGAAAUGUCCCUUUCUCAUUGUGGACAAUUCAAACUACUUAAUGUGUUGGAUCUAGAGGAUGCCCCAGGUAUUGAAAUCUUACCCAAGGAAAUAGGAAAGCUCAUUUUGCUCAAGUACUUGAGCUUACGUGGAACUGGCUUGAAAACUCUUCCACCUUGGAUUGGCAACUUGUAUAACUUGCAAACUCUCAAUUUGCUUGCUACCAAAAUUGAUGAAUAUCUCCCAAUUGAAAUCUUAAAAUUGGAAAAGUUGAGACAUCUUCUAUGCUUUAGAAGAAUACCAAAGUGGAGAUCUGAUGGUUCCAUUGUUAAGAAAGCUAUUGAGAUUUGUCGAUGCCCUUCUCCUCGUAGACAUCUCGGGGAUCUCAGUCAUCUCCAGACACUAUGGCUUCAAACAGGCGAUUGGAUAGAGGAUGGCCUCGAAAUGUUAACUGAUCUCAGGGACCUGAGUAUUCAAGGAGAACACAUGGAGAAAUACAGAGAGGCAUUGACCCGGGCCCUAGUCAAAUUGGUGCGCCUUGAAGUCCUAGCUUUGGGAGAAUUUGGGGGCGGUGAAAUACUUCUCCCUUCAUUUUCAGGCCAUUUGUAUCUCUAUCAUAUAAACAUUGCUGGAUGUAUACAGAAGCUACCUGACCUCAACAACUUUCCACCAAAUCUCACAAGGUUGCAAUUGUAUGGUUCACAGCUACAUGAAGAUAUGAUGGUGACACUCGAGAAGCUGCCCCAAUUGAAGGACCUCUCAUUAGUUCAGCCAUAUGAUGGAUUAGUGAUGAAAUGCUCUGCAAGGGGGUUUCUUAAACUCCAGAGUUUGUCUCUCCAAUGGUUUGAUUCUUUAAAGAAUUGGAUGGUGGAGGAAGGAGCAAUGCCUAAUCUGAAGUUACUGGAAAUUAUAUCCAUUUUUGGGUUAAAAGGAAUUCCUGGUGGGCUGAGGCACAUCACAACACUACAGGAACUUACAUUGGCUAUGCCAAAAGAGUUUCUUGAGAGGGUUAAAGAAGGUGGAGAAGAUUGGGAGAAGAUCAAACAUGUACCUUCCAUCAAUACAAGAGAAGCAGUUAGAAAUCCCAGUACAUCUACUGAAUAUGAACGCCAAUGGUUCACAUCUACAUGGGAGAAAAUCCCUCAUCGUGGCAAUUAA